CGUCCAUAGCCACGAGUCUUUAUCACACAGUAACACAUAUGCAUGUAUAUGUAGCGACAUCUGCGUGGAGGCCAGUUUAAAUGUGGGCCACAUUACUACAGUUAAAUUACUACAGCGGUUGAGCAGCUCUAACGACUCUGAGAGAACGUGUGUGUUUCCCAAAAGGACACAUAUCUAAAAUGGAAAUGACAGAUUCUAACACGAAACCCCGGAGAACGUUUCUGAGGGUGGCCGCGUUCGAUACGAAGUUCAAGAAGCCACCCGAACCAGCUAAAUCACUUCCACAGCGAAUAUCUACAGGGUGCAAGGACUAUUUCUCCAAGAGAAGGUUGAUAAAAACAGUGUAUGCCAAUUUUCCCUUCAUAAGAUUGAUUAGGAAAUACAAUCUCAAAGAAAACUUGGCCAAUGAUGUUAUUUCUGGACUUACUGUUGGUAUUAUGCAGAUUCCCCAGGGGAUGGCGUACGCCCUGCUGGGAUCGCUGCCCCCUAUCGUUGGAUUGUAUACGUCAUUUUUCGGUCCACUCAUCUAUUUCUUCCUUGGAACCUCACGUCACGCUUCAAUGGGUACGAUCGCCAUAGUGAGUUUGAUGAUAGCCUCCGUCCUUGACACAAGACUCGGGGACGGAACAUCAACGGUCCCCUCCGGAACGACCAGCCCCUUCCCCGUCGUCGGCUUCAACGUGACGGCAACGCCUAAUUAUACUGACGUCACAAACACAACCACAGCCGCCACACAAAUCGCCACAAUGACGUCAGCAUUCACGGAACACGACUUACAGAAGAUACGAAUAACAGCAGCUCUGUCAUUCGUAUCCGGGUUUGUCAUGAUUUUCCUAGGGAAGAUCAAUAUGGGCUUGGUGGCCACGUACAUGUCAGAACCGAUGGUGUGUGGCUUCACUUCCGCUGUGGCCAUCCACGUGACCACUAGUCAGGCCAAGCACAUCCUCGGGAUCAAAAUUGGUCGGCACAAUGGCGUGUUCAAGGUCAUAAAGACAUGGAUUGACAUUUUCAAAAACAUUGCUACAAUCAAUUGGGCCCCGGUCAUCACAUCUAUCAUCUGCAUCCUCGCCAUCUACGCCGUCAAAAUUCACGUCAACCUUCGCUUCAAGGCCAGACUGAAGAUUCCCAUACCCAUUGAGAUCAUCGUCGUGUCCAUAGCCACGGCGAUAUCCCAUGUCGCGAAGUUUCAGACAAAUUAUGACGUCAAUGUUUUAGAGGAUAUUCCAUCCGGGUUACCAGCCCCCGCAAUACCGGAUGUGACGUUGGUUGGAGAGAGUUUUAAGGAUGCUGUCAUCAUUGGUGUCGUCGCAUUUAUACAGUCGGUAUCGAUGGCGAAAAUACUAGCUCGCAAAAACAACUACCGCAUUAACCCUAACCAGGAAAUGAUAGCAUACGGGGCAGGCAGUGUGCUGAACGCCGUGUUUUCUGGGUACAUCCCCGCAGCCUCCGUGGCGAGGAGCAUGGUUCAAGAGGGAGCCGGAGGUCACACUCAGGUGGCCUCCCUGUUCGGUUGUCUGGUCGUGCUGGUCGUCAUUGUGGCUAUAGGACCUCUGUUCUACUCUCUUCCAAAGUGCGUAUUGUCCUGUGUUAUCCUGGUCAAUUUGAGGAGCAUGUUUCUUCAGUUCCUAGAGCUCAAACCCCUGUGGAGGAAGUCAAAAUACGAUUUCCUGAUCUGGAUUGUGACGUUCCUGGCCACAGUUAUUCUCGACGCUGACAUCGGUAUAGGCAUUGGGAUUGUCUUUUCCAUUCUCACAGUGGCCGUCCGCACUCAAAGGCCAGAAUUUUACCGAGCAGGGGUUAUUGAUGGGCAAUACUUGAAAUCGACACAGAAAUACAAUGAGGUACAGGAAGAACCAACGGUUAAAAUAGUGCGUUUCCAAGCACCACUGUAUUUUGCCAACGGAGAGGUGUUCGUGAAAGCAGUUCGGACUGCUUCAAAUAUGGAUCCGGAACAGAUGAAGAAAAUACGAAAACUACAAGAGAAGAAAAAUAAUGCGAAGAACCCCAAAGAGGUAAAUAAUUCUACAGAAAAUGGGAUCCCUGAUUCAGAAACUGGUGACGUCAUGCUACUCAACCAAGCUGAAAACCGGAAGUGUAGAGAGGCUAUACUGCUGGACAUGGGCGGGGUUGCGUUCCUGGAUGUUGUCGGUGUGAAGACAUUGAGACGGGUCUUCAAUGAAUACAAUGAAAUUGACGUAGAUAUUAUGCUGGCCGGAUGUAGUGAUGGUGUGUUAGACAUUCUACGAUCGACCGAUUUCAUGUCCGAGAAAGAAGAUUUUAUUUACGUUGAUAUUGAAUCAGCUAUAGAAAGUCGCCGUGGGAUAUCCCUCCAGGAUUAGUAAUCCAGGGACUUUGACCAAUGAACAUUAGCAUGUGACCAAUGAACGGUUACACAUAACGAAUGGAUGAUAAUAUGGGGCCAAUGACUGUUAGCAGGUGAUCAGUGAAUGGUAACACGUGAUCAAUGAAUGAUAUCAUGUGACCAUUGAAUGAUAACAUGUGACCAAUGAACAGUAACGCGUGACCAAUUAAUGGUAUCACAUGACCAAUGGAUAAGAACAUGUGACACAUGAACGGUAGCACGUAACCAGAGAUUGAUAACUUGCGACCAAUGAACAAUAACAUGUAACCAAUGAACGAUGACUCAUGACCAAUGAAUGAUAAAAUGUAGUCAGUGAACGGUAACACGUUACCAGCGACUGCUUACACGUGACCAAUGAAUGAUAAAAUGUGGUCAAUGAACAGUAACACGUUACUGUGACUGAUAACACGUGACGAAUGAAUGAUAAAAUGUGGUCAAUGAAAAGUAACACGUUACUGUGACUGAUAACACGUCACAAAUGAAUGAUAAAAUGUGGUCAAUGAACAGCAACACGUUACUGUGACUGAUAACAC